AUGUUUGACCAAAUAAACAAAUCCGACCCAAAUAAAGAGCCAGAACCUGCGUUUGUGCUCCCAGCAGAAAACAUACUGGACCUGAAUCUCAUAAGUUCAGCCUCUGAUCGGAAUGAGGAGAAUAAAGAAGAUGCAGAAAAAGCCUCAGAAAGUCAGGUCUUCCUAACAGAUGAUCAGAUUUUCAGUGCGCAGUUUAAGGAGAUUAAAUUGGACGCGAAACCGAUGGACUUGUCAGAAAACACACCGAAGUCGACCUCCCUGGAAUCGGACACAUCGACGCCCGCGUCAAAGCAAUCACAGUCAUCAGAGACAGUUAACUACUCAAACUUUGAAUCUGCGACGUUUAAGGAGCACAUCACGAGAGAUUCGCUGGAUUCAGUGGCAUACCUGAACCUGGAGCUGGACGGACCGAGAACACAAACCGGAAAAGUGCCGCCACCUUUAGAGAAGCCGAAAGAAGAGUCGGCAGAAGUUAAAAACGAGUUCGGGAAGUUCUACGACAAUAUGUACUAUACGAGCCUGCACGGGCCGCCAGUGGUGGGAGCGUUUAUACUGCGCAACAAGGACUCGAGAAACGAAUUCAUCCUCAAGCACCCGCAGAACCUGGACCCGAGGAGGCCAGGGAACGACGAUGUGCUUAAGGCAACAUACAGUUCAGAAUCAUACACAGCAGAAAGAGAUCACACCUCAGAGUUGCAGUCGGCAUUACACCUGCUGCCAGGUCUGGCGUUCGGGUCGCAGAAGAAGGAUUCGUUGGUGGACUUUGUUCACUUUGUGUUGCCAACCGCGUCAGGAAACGUGCUCUACGGAACGAGCUACGUACUCCAGUUCACAGAAAAGGUUGAAACGUACGGAAAAGAAGAGGAAGAAAAUAAAAAGGAGAAGGAUGAGAAGAAUAAAGAAAAGGAAAAUGAGAAUGGUAAAGAAAAAGAAGACAAAAACAAGAAUCACAAUGAAAAAGAAAAGGAGAAGAAAGAAGAAGAUAAGAGUGGACAGAAGUACUACGUGGCAAUAUGCCUGGUGUACACAGUGCCCUUCUUCGGAGUUAUCGGGUCGAGGCUGGAGUACGUGGCGCAGACGUACUUCGACAACAAAAACUUCAAAGACGAUUCACUGCUGCUGUCGUUCGUGGAGCACAUCAACAAAAGCGAUAAGCCGGAAGAGUGGAGUUACGAAUCACUCUUCUUUAACCUGGAAUACCACUUUAAGCCCUUCUCACUGUGUUUAUCAUACAGUAAGUGUAGUGAAGUUUAA